UUCUGUGCUCCCGGCCGAGGUAUCGCUGUAGAAGCUCACACGCCCUCUUCUUGAGCGAUGGCGCUCGCCGCUGCAUCUGCGAGGCAGGCGAAGGCCAAGGAUGGCGAGCAGCAGCAGCAGCUCUGCGCCAGCUGCCUCGCAUGCCCCGCGUGUCUCCAGCUUUUGGCAGAGCCCGUGUCCUUGCCGUGCGGUCACACCUUCUGCAGAGUUUGCCUGGUCAAAGAGCUCCGUCGAAAGCCGAAGGAAUGCCCGAGCUGUCACGCCACAUGCCACACCAGGCAAGUGGCGGAGGAUCAACCGCAAAACGUGAUGCUAGCUCAGAUCGCAAAGUCGCUCUUCCCCGAGCUGCUGGAGCGGCGAUUGCGCGAGACGGAAGCAGAAAAGGCCAAGUUCGAGCUGUGCCUGCCCGCGUUCUUCUAUAGCGUGCCCGUGUUCCCCGGGCAGACUCUAUGCGUCCACUUCUUCGAGCCCCGGUACAAGCUUAUGAUGCAGCGCAUCAUCAACACAAGCCGAAGGUUCGCGUACGUGCUGCCAGCGCCAGUACCGAGCACGAACGACGACGACCGGAACACGGACCAACAAGGCCGCAUUGCCCUGGAAGCGCACGUGUGCGAGGCAGAGUUUUUGAGUGAUGAUCGAGUAAUGGUCAAGAUCAAGCUCGCCGGACGCCACACGGUAGUGGAGGACUUCGUGGAGGCCGGCACGGGGAACCUGCACUACUGUCAGCUCGAGCCGUUCGAUGACGACCCCUUGCAAGAGGGGGGCGCGGGCGAGCUAACGGACCUCCACACGCGAGCGAAGACCAUAUGCAACGGCUUCCUCGGCCCGUUCAAGGGCCAGCUUGUGGAGGCGCACGGAAGGAUGCCGGAAGACGCGGUGGGCCUGUCGAUGUGGAUGGCGUCCCUCCUGCCGUUCUACCCCCCGGACAAGCACUCCCUGGUGCGGUCGAGGUGCACGCGACGACGCAUGCGCGCCUGCCUCGACUGCGCUGCCUCCAUGGAGGAGAUGGCUCAAGCGGCCGCCCGACGAGAGGAGAAGAGCUCGACGGGGGACAUGUCUGCCGGCGAGGGGCAACAACAGCAACCGCCGCCGCGGCCGUCGCAGCCGGCGGCGGAGGCGGCGGCGGAGGCGGCGGCGGUGGCGGUAGCUCAGGCGGGGGUUUCUGGAGGCUCGGCUAGCGCGUGGGAAGACGAGGGCGAGAGGAGUAGUAGGUCUGCGCGACAGCGGCAGCGCCGGUGAAGUAUGUCGUUUUUUGCUAUUGUGUCUGUCUGCGUGUUUGUUGUCUCCUUCCCUACUGUGCGGCUGUCGCGCCAGGUUGCUCUUCCUCCUCUUUUUUUUUUGUUCAUGUGUUCCCGCAAGAGGGUAGAGUGGCGUGGCUUUCGGCACCGUCGUCUACCACGCCACCACUGUUGGCAUUGUUUCGGAGCGUUUGUUCGGCACCGUUGAGAGAGGAGGACAUCCCUUUUGCUGCUGCUGCUGCUGUUGAGCAUCAGACGGAUGCUAGUGCCGCCUGCCGCUGCAGCUGCUGUGGUUGGUCGUGGUGUGGUUGCUGCUGCUGCUCGCCCGUGCGUGUAGGGAGCUUCUCCCCGUACAUGUGAAGAGCUUCGAUCGGGCGUUUCGUGCUGCGGUCGACGCGCGUUUCUACGCGUUGAGCGUGUUUGUUUAUGCCGGCGUCAUAUUGUGAGCGCCAAACGGCUUGAGGGUUGGCAGGCAACUUGUGUCGUCUGAGAGAGUCCCUAGAUAAAGUGUGCGAUUCCUUGGCCCUUUGUGGUUCAGCAUCUUGAACGGCCUAUUGUGUCUCGCACCUCGGGGAAAGGAUCACUCUGACGGUGACUGUGAAUUCACGGGGUAAACACAUGCGGGUGCUAGGGGGCAUGGUGUCGUUCGUAGAGUUUGGAUCGGUGGGUAAGAUGCUGUUGUUCUCGUCACCUCGGCGACACCCAUUUUUUUGGGGUAGUUUCUCCCCUUAUGUAGUCAAGAUUUUUGUUGUGCUGCCUGAUGUUUCUUCCCAGUUACCUCGUCGAGGGAAGCUUUCGGGUUUCCGGAUGUUUUUGUGCAUGUACAUCUUUUUUUCCCGGCGAACGUUUUAGGGGUGAUGGUGAGAGCGGGCGAGGCGAAAGUGGAGUUCACUAUUGCGCGGGUUGAGAUUUUGUAGGAAGAAUCGUGUGCAUGUGACCUUCGAACAACGUACCCUUCAUUUUUCAUUGCACUGUCCGGAGAAAGGAGAUUCAACCCCUGGUUAGGGGCAGGGGUGGGGGGGUGGGGCGUGGAGCCUCGAUUGGUGCGAAGCAACAAGCAGCAGCGGUGCCUGGGACGAGAUUUGUAUGGAAUUGAGCACUUGUGUCUUGCGUUCGACACAGGGCAGACAUAACGGACAAAGAGCUGAUGAUUUCCUGGGGGAAAGGGUCGGGCGAUAUACCGCUGUGGUUGGCUACUGGCCUUUCGUCAGACUGCUGUUCGGCUGGCGUGGCUGUUGCUUCGGUGUGCGUUUCUCUCAAGUAGUAUCGACCGCGCCAACCGACUGACCAAUGAAGCGAAGACCGUAUCUCGAUGGCCGGAACUAGGGUACACAUACGUACUACAUUUGGAGAGCUUGAGCGUUCCGAUCGGCGGAGGAUUCGUGUGUUUGUAUGUGUGUUGUGUGUCUUCAUCCUUAGCAUCGCGAACCGGCUGGCCAAUGGAAAUACGUCGUUCUUAGUGCGGCUAAAAACGCUUAGAAGGGCCAUAAUUUGAGAUUCCGUGCAAGGGGGGGGGGGGUCAUUGUGGGAGGCUAGGCUAUUCUCCGGAGGUUCGGUUUGUAUGUGUGCUUGCUUCUUCUGUAACUAGCAUCGACCACGCUGUGUGUGUGUGCUUCUUCAAAUGGCGUCAGUCUUAGUUGUAGUAGAUGGGGACAAGGAACAUUCAGAGGCUUGUGUGUGUUAAAUGUGUUGCCUCGUGCACGCUCCUUGUCUGGGGUGUGGCGUUGCAAGGGGGUCCGGUGUCAAGGUAUUUCGUGUAAGUACCUCUUUUGUGUUCGUCCCCUUGUGUGUUCGAAAUCGCAUAUGGUGGCGAUGCAUGAUGUGCACGCGGUCCUGGUAGAUGAACUAUGGCACUCUGUACGUUACGAUACUCUUUCUUCCUUUCUUGUCGAAACGACGAGGUCUCUUUUCGCGCGCCAUGCCGUGAAGUUGGAGAUUUCCAUGCGACCACGGGAGUAAAUUCCCGGUACAAACAUGCAUUUUUGAAGUAUACUGCUGCAGUUCUACCGCUGUAUCAUCACUGUC